GUAAAAACCAGAAUGAUUCAACAACUUGUAAUAAGAUUUACCAACAGGAAAUGCAAAUUAUCAGGACUGCUUUUAAGAUCAACUAUGAUAAUCCAAGAGGUUGUUCAAGUGGGACUGGCAAGUCUCGAUUGGUUGUGAAACUCACCAAAAAGUGCUUCAUAAUAUAUUGCUAUUUUCAAGAAAUCAGUAACAUUAGUUACCCUUCAAGGUCAGGGAUUGCUGAUUUGCUUCUGCCAACGGCAAUUGUCAGUAAACCUAAUAGUCAGCGGAAUAUAACCUUAUAUUUAUCAUAUUUGAUAUCUUCAACAGACAAUGAUUUUUGGAAGAAAGUGGGUAUUAAUAUGAGAGAAAUUCAAGACAAAUUAACCACUAUGAAAGAAGUUGAAUACUGUGAAAGGAUGCGAGGUGACUGCUUCAUCCCUCUUCAACAUGCUCUCCAAUAUUUACUAGAAUAUGGAGAAUCAUAUGGAAGGACAUUUACGCUUUUAUUGGAUACUAUAUCAAUAGGUCUUAAAUUAAUGCUACCAUUUUAUUUAAUGGAUACCAUUAAUGAUAUAUGGACUGCAUUUAAUCCACCUGCGACUACUUUAAAUUCUCAAGCUUUACAUCAGGACAUACUGACCAUUCAGAACUUUACCUGCUUCAAACUUGUAUACUCAACAGAAUUUUCUAAUAAGUUAUCAAUGAUUAAAACACUCAGUCAAGUCACGUCAUUAUCUGUUCACAAUAUCACCCUCAAAACCAAUAUUGUAGAUUUGAUUAUCCCUGUGCUGCUUGCAUCAUCCAGUUCUGUGGUCUUCACCUCAUCUUCUACAGAUGAUUCUAUCUCUCAAAAUACACAUCAAUACCCUGAAGACUUUGCUUUUCAACCUGAAAGCAUUGAUGAACUAUUUGAUGAUUUAACUUUUAAAAUAAUUGUUAAUAGUUCUAUGAAGACAACUCGAUUAUCAAGUAUAAGUAAAAUUUUUUAG